AUGCUAUAUGAAGCGGCAGACACACCUCACAAGGCCGUCAAGAACUUGCCACAACGAAGCUUGUACAAUACUUGCAUGAUGGCAGAGCCGCAUUUCAACAAGUCAAUCGCAGAUGCCGCCCUAUUGGUGCAUAUCACGGGUGCUUACAACGAUCCAUUGCAGUUCCCCGAUCUCACCGUGGUGUGUAGUGAAAGGCAAUGGCACUGCCACAAGCUUAUCCUAUGCGCGCACUCUGAGUGGUUCAAGAAGGCAUGUUCAGGUGAUUUUGCCGAAGCAAAUCAGAAGACGAUCGAACUCAAAGACGACGACGAUGUGGUGUUGCGUGCUUCCAAGCCAGACAUGACACCGACAGUCGUCUUUCAUGUCCGUGUCUUCGCACUAGCCGAGAAGUACUUUAUCAAAGGACUUGGCGACCUUGCAGCCGACGCAUUCGCCAGUGCUGCCAUGACCGGUUCCGUCGAAGACCUCAGUUUGGCCAUAUCUGAAGCUUACGGCAAGACUCUCGAUCCAGACAAGGUGUUGCGGCCAACCAUCGUAUCCCACGUUCUCCAGCAUAGGUACAGGCUGUUGAAGACAGGCGAAUCAGCCUUCGAUAGAGUUAUGGAAGAAACGCCAGCGUUUGCUGCAGAUCUGGUGCGGGCUAUGGCCAGGAAAUCAAACAAAUGGUACACCAAGAAAGAAGACAAAUGGUACAAAUGUCCCGAUGGAUGUCGGACCAGAUUCAGAGCGGCUUUGCACGAGGAUGAGGACUUCUCGAUGUUCUGUGAUAGAUUGUAUCGCAAGAGUGGAAAGGAAUGGGAGACGUAUGUAACGACAGAGCCCACGUGA